AUGCAGUCUAAGCUUGCUCUCGUGGGCUUGGCCCUGGCUAACUUGGCCGCUGCUGGACCUUGUAAGCCCAGUGGUCCAACAUCUGCAUCCAGUCUUGCACUUACGACCGAGAUUUCCGAAACAUCCGAAGUCCCCAGCUUGACCAUUCCCCAAUCGACAACUACAACGCAAGAAGUCGACAUCAUCAUCACCAACGCCAUCGACGGAGGAAGUUUCGCCGCUCGCAAUGCCAACAAUCCGCCCAGUGGCCUCACAAAUUUUGGCGCAACAGGAAAUGCAGAGUUUCACGAAGGAGGUUGCUACAAGGCUGACGGCAGUCGCGAUGACGGUUGCGCUGCAUUGACUGCUUCUGGGAACCCAGCUGGAAAGCGAGAUACGGGGUCAUUUGCUAGUAUUUGGCAGACUCUCAAUUCGCUGAGCACUGGGUUUCAGAAUACAUAUACUGUUCAAUUCUACUACGCCGUUGUUUCUGGUGGUACUCAGGAUUGCACUGUCGCCGCGGCUCUGGGCAAUAGGCAGUUCUACUCGCAGUCUCUUUCACCUGUUGGAACAAGCGUAUCUUGGACACAUGUUCUUGAGCAGGUUGACGCAGAGUCUGCUUCUGCUACGUUUGCCAUUUCCAUGACAUGCUCUGGAAAUGGUAUCUCUGUUAUCUUGGUCGACUCAAUCUUCAUCUCCAACCAAGUCACCCCCGCCAACAUUGGCAACUUUGUCCUCGACUUUGGCGCGCCCACUACAAACCCAGUUUCGACAUCUGAAACAUUUACCGAGCGAACCAUCGAUCCCGAAACAACCUCUGCCAGUUUCUCCUCCGAGCUAUUUACCGAGAGAACCAUGCCCGAGACCACCACAACCGCUCCUCCCAACACCGACACUACACUGUACGGUCUGUACAACGGCUUGACAUACCAGCUCUCCAGUCAAGACGGCGACGAUGAAACGCGACCUUGGUACGAUGGUCCCGAAGACUGUGCCGAGAUCUGCAAGACACUGCCUGGGUGCAAAUCAGCGGGUUACAUGUUCGCUCCUAGGAAGUGCUUCUUCUCAAACAAUGUUGUUACUCCUUCCGAGGUUCGCAAUAUGAUGGAUGAUGGUAUUGAUGUUGAUUGGUAUAGCAUGGAUUGCUUCACAUGCUCUUCUUGUGAGAGUGGAGCUGCAGAGACAACUGCUCCAGAGACUUCUUCUAUGCCUGUUAACACUGAUACGACUGUCGCCCCCGAGUCCACAACCUUUACUACCCAAACCUCUGACAGCCUAACGACUACAACAUCCCCAGCUGAUACCUGCCUCUACAACCGCGGUCAAGAAUGCGAGUUCGACCGCUUCACAGACCACAGCGACACUGUCUGCAUGUAUGGCGCCCUAUUCACCGGCACAACAUGGAAAGAACCUCGUGCAGACUAUCCCUACCAAGAUACUGUCUACCAAUGCGCAGCUAUCUGCCAAACCCUGAAGAACUGCGCAUCAUCAGCAUAUUUCCAGACCGAAAAUCGCUGUCUCUUCACCUCCAAGAAAAUUCAGCAAUCCGACAUGGAAAUCCACGAAGAUGCGCCACAAGACCACGCCGUCUGGAGUCAUAACUCCUGCUGGACAUGCCCAACCUGCUCAGAUACCGCUACUCUUCCCGCAGCGAGAUACUGCUCGUACUCACAAGGUGAUAGCUGCCGUGCUGUGUCUGGCAAACCAGGUGCGCUUUGUGACUACCAAGGCUUCUGGGAGGCGUAUAAUCAAUGGGAUCUUGACACGUAUCCUGAUCAGAGCUCGCCUGAGAAGUGUGCUGCUAUUUGUAUGGCGCUGGAUUACUGUGUUGGGUCGGGGUAUAAGGACGAUAGGUGUAUGUUUUCGUUUAGGGAGCUCAAGGUAGCGGACUUUAGAGAUUGGCCUGAUCACUCGAGGGAUGGAACGUGGAGUGAUAAUUCUUGCUUUGAGUGCCCUGGCUGUACGGCUUAG